AUGCCAUUGGAGGCUAUUAAAGCACAGGCGUUGGAGCAUCUUACAUCCAAUAAAAAAAAUAUGUUUGUUGGCCACUCUGAUGAGCCUAACUCAGUUUAUAAUAAUCCUCAACUAUUUCCCUCAAUGUUACCAUGGUUAUUUCCAUAUGGUUUUGGUGGCAUAUGUAACAAUAUGAUUCCUAAAAAUAUUUCUUCCAUGGCACACAAGCGUCUUCUAUUAAUGUAUCAUGAUAAACGCUUCCAGAUGGACCCACAUUUUCCAUUGAUAGGGUUUAACCAUGAACAAAUACAACAAAGUACAACAGGUGGAUAUCUUACAACCAAAAAGUCCUCAUUUUCCUUGGUCACAGAUCGCCUGUUAAAUCUUGAUAUGGAUGUUUUAUCUGGUAUCAAUAAUUGGGGGAGCGUGUGA